UCUGCGCCUCCUCACUCCUGUUGGGUAUUAGCUCUCCAGAAGCAGGGCUUAAGAUCAGGGGUUUUAGAAGCAAGCAACCUGCUUUUCAUUGUACUGACCUGACAGCCAGAGACCACAGGAGACAUGCGAUCUGUCCAUUUCUGCCUGCUGCUGGGCCUGUGCCUCACCUUCCUUCUCGCUCAAAGUGAAGGGCUAAAGUGUUAUACCUGCAUGGGCGCUACAGAUGAAGACUGUAAUCGGCAGGGCUCCAAAACAUGUCCAAGCUAUUCAGAUGCAUGUACUAUCGUCCGGGGACACGGCAGUAAGUUUAACGGUGGCGUAAUGAAGUCGUGCUCCUACAAAUCCUUCUGCAGCCAAGCUAACAGCCAGGGCUACAGAGCUCCAGGGGUGAAAGUUCAUUGCUGCUACUCUGAUGACUGUAAUGUGGCAGGACAAGCCACUAGAAUCAGCACAGGGGUCAACUUCCUUCUGGGGUUUCUGUUAUUCAUCUGCCAUUUGUUGUCAAACUAAUGUUGCUAGACCAACUGAUCUGGCUGUUAAAGUCUAUGACCACUGUGGAACUUGACGGAGCGCUGUGUACUCUGUCGACAUACAUCAAACGAAUCAUAACACACUGCAAAUUUUAGCAACUUGGAAUUCGUAGAACCGUACGUGCACAGAUGUUGUGUUAUAAUUCCACUCUACACACAGCAAAUGUAUUUAUGGUAUUGUCUAUAGGGACUCAAAAGAGCCGAAAGCCUUUUGUUCUUAAGGCCAAAUUAAUCUAAAUAAGCUUUAUUUAAGUCAGUUUUGGUGAUACAAACAGGGAAAAGAACAUGAGAUGAAGAGUUUGGUUCCAAAACGCUAUAAAUCCAUUUUGAUUAAUUUGAGUAAAAAUGUGUUUUCUUUACAAAGAAAGUGGCAAGAUAAAAACCACUAUUUUCUGUUUCAAAGUUUCACAUAGCAUCUUUAGGUUCUAGUAACAUAAAAAAUUCAAAUCCAGAUUUUGACACUGAUAAUUUUUUCCCCAAAAUGCAAUAAAUCCAUGACAUUUUUUUUCCCAAAAUGCAAUAAAUCCAUUGAAUCAAUAUAAAAGUUAUUUUUCAUAUUGAAACUGUUGAAAAUACACAACAAAGUGAGUUGAUCCACAUAUGACAGCCUCUGAACUCAAUACAAUACUAAUCUUACAUACAGGCACUGGACUAAAAAUACAUUCAAUCAGUCAUCGCACCUAAAAUGAAUUCAACGGGUCAUCUUUUUAAUGCUAUAAAUUAGUGCCUCAUCUGGUUAAUCUCCUCACGUAAAUGAUUAGAUUUCGAUGGUUUACGUUUCUUCCCACCGCAGAAACCAGCACAGGUUCAUCAAUGCCGUCAAAAUUAUUCCUUUUUUGUUUGUUUGUUGAACACAAAGUACAAAGUAGAUCAGGGAAACUAGGAUGCCGACCGUAUUCAGAGCCGUCAUUACUGUUUACAAUGCGUGGAAUGGUGUGCUGUGAUUGGUUGAGCGGAUAUACCGCAUUCUGCAGAGAAGUGAGACUGGCGUAUAUUGCGGUUUGGAAAGAAAGGGAGAAAACAUGACAGAAUAACACGGCGGAUAUCGCAUUUUGUGUAAAAUUAAAGUAUUAAAAGUGACUUUCAAUACCGACCUGAUACAAUACUGAUUUUGGCGGAAAUUCAUUUUUUUUUUAAUGGCGUUUAUCGCGUUUUGGAACCAAACUCUUCAGAUGUUUAAGAUGAGCCUCAAGUGUGUUAAUUCACACCACUUUAUGAAUGGAAAUGAACACAGAGAAAUCAUGCAGACUUUCUGGCUCUGUUUGCUUUUGUUCUUGACUGUAAAUAAACUUUUUUUUCUCUA